CCCUUGAAAGAGAGGUAAACCUUGAUACUGACGAAUUCCCUGAUCAGACCAUCCCAAACGCAGACGCACCAUUAGAUUAUAUUGCACCACUAAAUAACCCAGUCGAAAACGAGGAAGUCGAACUAGAAAUUCAAUUACCAGACCAGGGACAAAAAGGUAAUAACGAACAGGUAGAAGACGAAGUAGGCGAUAAUCAAGACAAUCAAGUAGACGACGCUGAAGCAUCACAACCAUCAACCAGAGCCCCAACUCCAGAGUUAGAUAACCAAAAUCCACCAGUAGCUCCACCGGUAAUUCCUCUAGUAGUUCCACCAGUAGCUCCACCAGUAGCUCCACCAGUAGUUCCACCAGUAGCGAAUCCACCUGUACCCCCAGCGCCACCAGUUCAAGCAGACGACGAAGAAGAAAUGUCUCAAGCCACGUAUCCAGUCUUUGAUGGAACGAACCCACGUAAAUGGCUAGGUGAAAUGGAGAUAGCCUUUACUGCAAACAAUAUUCAAGCCAAUGCUAACGAACGAAGAAUAGGAUUGGCAGUCCUAAACUCUGGCCCUGCCAAAAUGUGGUAUAUCAUGUUGGCAGCGAAACCUACUACAUGGGAAAGAGCAAACCAGGUAGAUGGAUUUAAGGAGUUGUUUAUAGAAAAGUAUGCUAACGAUGACAACAGAGCGCAGGCAUCACAAUUGGCCUUUAUGAGAACUCAAAGACUAGGAGAAACU